AGUCUCAACGCCGCGAGCCUUUAAAUUUUAUUGAGACAACAUAAACUUAUUAUUACCAGAGUAUCUCGAAUUCUGUAUUCAAAUCCUUACGAAUUUGAAGAUUUAUAAACUGUUUAAUGUUUUUUUGUGAAGACCAAAGUAAAAAUUGGAAUCAGUUUGAGGUUAUAAUUGGGCUAUACGUGUAAAUUGCUAUCACGUUUUCUCGUUUAAAGUAAAUAAUUUAAUAUUAUUUUAUUACGCCUGAUAACAAAAUAUCCUGAAAGAAAGCCCUAGUCCUAUGGUAUAUAUACAAGGAAUUAUUUACUUUACCCUUGAUUAAUUGUAAUUGGGUUCGGAUAAUUACAGUAAUUAAAAAAUUCUAUUGUUAGAUAAAAUAUUAUCUAGCCAAGUUUAUGAAUACUAUAAAAUAGCAUAAAACAAGAUGUUUUUAGGGAUAACUUUUGUACUAAUUACUUUAACAAUAAUUAUUUUAAUUAUAAAGCAUUUCGUUUAUGUUGGACGUUUAAAAACUUUAGAAAACAAACAUGUAGUAAUUACGGGAGGUUCUAGUGGUAUUGGAAAGGGUGUGGCAAUUGAAUGUGCAAAACGAGGAGCUCACGUUACAAUAAUAGCACGUAAUGUUAUCAAAUUACAAGAAGCUGUUAAUGAGAUUAAAAAUUUUGUUAAAAAUAAAGAAGUUCAGAAAAUUAAGUACGAAUCAGCCGAUGUUACCAACCAUGCUGAUAUUACUGAGAAAAUUCAAAGUAUCGAUGAUAAUGAGCCAAUUUAUAUGUUUGUUAAUUGUGCCGGCAUGGCUUUAUUCGCUGCUUUAGAAAAUAUGUCAAUUACUGAUAUCGAUACUGUGGUCAAUUUGAAUUUAUAUGGUACUGUGUAUCCAACAAGAGCAGUUUUACCUCUUUUGAAGUCGAGGCAAGAUGGUAUUAUUGUAAUUACUUCUUCACAAGGUGGAUUAUUAGGUGUAUACGGUGGUGGCGCAUAUAGUACUAGUAAAUAUGCACUUCGUGGUUUAGCCGAAGUUUUAUAUUUUGAAACAAAAUCACAUAAUAUAUCUGUAACAUUAGCAUUGCCAGCGGAUACAGAUACACCUGGUUUUGAAAAUGAGGAAAAGACUAAGCCAAUAGAAACAAGACUUAUUUCCGAGGAAGGUGGUUUACUUAAACCGAAUGAUGUUGGCACGCAGAUUGUUAUUGAUGCUUUGCGUUCCCGAUUUUACAGUUAUUGUGUAAAUCCUGCAACAUUUUGUUUAUCAAUGUCUGCUGCUGGAAUGAGUCCACCAUCUGGAUAUGGUGAAUUAAUUUUACAAAUCUUAUUGUUAGGCCCACUUCGUUUAAUCGGAUUCUUUUAUAUAAAAUCAUUUGAACGAAUCAUUGAAAAAUGUAAAAUGCAACAAGAUAAAGAGAAAAAAUUAUUAUAAAUAGGAUUAAAUUUUUUUAUAUUAAAAAGCACAAAUUUUUAAUGUUAAGAUAUAUUAUGAAUAGACUUAGCUAAAUAAUGCAAUUGAAAUAGACUUUAAACUUCUAAUAACAAAUUUUAAAUUGUUCUGAAAAGGCCUUUAUUAACCAUCUUAUAAGAAUUUAAGAAAUUGAUGAUGUUUAACAGCAUUUAGCAGAAAGUGUUCAAUAGAAGAAUAUUUCGUCUCUCUCAAUAUGAGUUUUUUAGUAGAAUUUCUUUUGCUAUUGGAACAUGGUUGUCAGGAUUACGCAUUCUGGUUGCACAAAAUAGCAUUACUUUAACCUGCGUUUUGCCGUAAUGUUAAUUCAUGAAACAAACCAAUUACGCAGGCUUGAAUGACAUGGGGGUGAAAAUGGAAAGUAGAAAAGCUGGAGAAAUAGAGAAGUUCAAGUAAGUAUAUAAUUUUUUGGUCAAAGGACCUCCAUACGAUAAAAAAACCGCAAGUAGAUUUAAAAAGACUGAGUCUGAUUAUACAGAGUGGGUAUAUUUUUAAUCUAUAAUGGCUCAUAGCUCGUUUUGUAGGUAACGAAUCGAAAAAUAACUCGAACAAAAAAGCUGCAGAUUUUUAUGAGGGGCAUCAUGUUCUGAUAUCAGAUUGAAAUUAGUUCUUCGGGUUACUUUAAUAGCCAAUUUUGAUCCUAAACGGUAAGAGUU